AUGUGUAAGUACUCCAUAGAUGCGAGAGUCUGCGGAACAGUGGGUUCUGUACCGACAAACAAAACCACAAUAUGUUACAAGCACGAGCACAAGGGCGGCGGGCGCCACGCGGCGCUCGCCGGGCCCCCGCUGGACCACGGCUCAGGGGCCCAGGGGCCCGACGAGCGCUGCGCGGCGGCCGUCUCUCCACAGACUGUACAACAAGAACAAAGCGUAGCUUCACUUGCUGCGGACAACAACGUCAGCCACAAUGCCUUCUUAGUUCACUUAAGCUCAAGAUGCUGCGCACGAUGUGCGGGAUGCACCCAUGCGCGUGCGCCGGCUCAAGCGAGCGCUCGACGUCGCCGAGGAAAAGGCAUAAAACAUAACGAACAAAAGAUAAAAACCAAAAGGAAGAACUGCGACUGCCUCAGAACGGAAGGAGACUUAGCCGAGUGGACUCGGUACAAGGUGACUGUACUACCAAAACUGCAAUACUGGCGCGUCGUCAGCAGCGAGUGCUGCGGGGCGGGGGGCGCGGCGUACACGUCGGACGCCGUGGACAGGCACUUGUGCAGUUUGCGGGUACCUUGCGAGCGCGAGCGGCGCACGCGCGAGCCCGCCGCCGCCGGCCCCGCGCCCGCGGCCCCCGGCGCGCCCGCCGGCGCCCCCGCCGCCCCCGCCGCCCGGCCCGUUCAUCUACAACACAACACGCAGUCGCACCGCCCCCGUACGUCGCACCACGGUUACACACACCCUUCGUUAGGACGACGUGAUCUCUGUGCCAAUAGUGGAUUAGUCGCAUGUUUAGUGACGGGGCCCGUGCGGGCUGCGGUGUUAGUCGUGGGACUGACUGGACUCAUACCUAUGCGCUGCGCCACGCUGGCGGCCUGCUCGUGCGCCUGGUCGCCGUUCGAGUCGCGGACGGGGCACAGCCACGCUACUAACUCCCCUGGGGAAAGUCGGGGCAUGAGCGAGCGCAUGUACAGGACCCGUGCUCGAGAUGACGCGCUAUCUGAUGUGAAGCUACAAGCGAGAGUGGUGCCAUCUAUACCGACUACUCAGCUCGUACCAUUAGCACUGAACAUCAUCUCAGACAUUGACAACACAGAGAUCACCUACGGUUUGAUGCAAUCAGUUAAUACUAUUAAUCAUUGUUCAAUUACCGAGAAAGUCUGCGAAUAG